GACUGCGUGACUGUUUGGUAUCAAGCGGCAGAUGCGAAUCUCUCACCCCGCUCUUGUUGUAUUUAUCACUGCUGCCAGGGAGAAAGAGACGAAGUUACUGCUCAACCAAGGGAUAUCUUGUGAUCGAAUGGAAAUGACCAAUGCUAUGACUUGGCGAAGUUUAGACUAUAUUCAUCGCAACGCCAAUUCCGAUUAAGAAAGCAUUUUCAAAAUCCGUGUCUUUGAACUCGCAUGAAAGUACUUCAAAACACUACGAUGUUGUCAUGUGGUAGAUUAUCAGGAGCUUAUUGACUGUUUUCAGUGUAUUCUAAAGGACAUUUACCAACUUAGGCAUGGAAGCAAGGUGAAAGGAAAUGAAUCAAAUUUGUCAUUGGGUUCUCAAGUGAGAGAGCACCUAAAAGUUUACAGCGUGGACAGCUCAUAACAUGGCGAAUUUGAGCGGCCAUAGAGAAGAACACGAGCAAAUUCGUUUGGGCACUGUUGACUCAAAAGUACAUUCGAAAAGGAGAAAGAGGAGUUAUGUUGGCGGAGUGUAUAUCACUAGAGUCAAGCUUAAUGUCCUGACAGUGGCGCUUUUCCUCUUUGCGAUCCUGUUUCUACUUUUUGUGAUACUUUAUGGGCUCUCUGUGCGGAACAAAGACUCCAUGAGCACACCCAAGGGAGUGGUGUCGACAAGCACGGUCCAUUCGACGGCAGGUCCGGGACCUUGGACCAGCCUGCGCUUGUCUGAUGAGGUCAUACCCUAUCACUAUAAUGUGGACUUGAGUGUUAGCUUGGCUGACAAAUGUACACAUGGUCGCGUGGAAAUCUUUGUCCGAAUUGCUAGGGCAACCAAGCACCUUAUGUUACACUGCAAGCACUUGAAUAUCUCAGCGGUAUCCGUAACAAAGUACGACGGCUCAGGAAAAGCUGAGAUAGCCCGUCACUUUUGGUACAAAGAGACUCAAUUGUACGUCAUUGUACUAAAGUCCUGGUUCCUUUCCGGCUCGGGAGACAUCAAGAUAUGGUACAGAGGCCUGGUGACUAAUGACUUGGUUGGUUUAUAUCAAGAUGAGUACAAACAACAAUCGGGUGGAAAAUCCAUAUACGUCGCAUCUCAACUGUUCCCAACUGAGGCGCGUAAGGUUCUCCCAUGUUUUGACGAACCCAAGUUCAAAGCGACUUUCACCAUCACCCUCGUUCACGAUAGGCCCGAGUAUCUCACGCUCUCCAACAUGCCCGCCAAGAGCACAUUUCUACAGGGCGAUAGCAGGCGCACCGUGUUCGAACAGACCCCUAAGAUGUCCACGUACCUUCUAGCUUUAGCAAUAGUCGACUUUAGAAACAAAACGCAGAUUACAGAUGGUAAAGUAGAGGUCUCAUUCUACGCAGCACCGCACAUGACCGGCCAGCUAAGCUACGCCCAAAUGGUCGCCGAUAAAGUCCUUCCAUUCUACGCCCAGUAUUUUGGUAUUGACUACCCUUUACCUAAAGCAGAUAUGAUCGCGUUGCCCGAUUUCGUAUUUCGUGCGAUGGAGAACUGGGGUUUGGUAAUGUACCGCGAGGAAAACUUACUGUGGAGAGAAGACACUUCAUCAGAGGUUCACAAACAAUACGUGGGGGAGCUUGUAUCACAUGAACUUGCACACCAGUGGUUUGGUAAUUUAGUCACUAUGACUUGGUGGGAUGAUCUGUGGUUGAACGAAGGAUUUGCCUCUUACGUCUGGUACCUUGGGCUUGAUGCUGUUGAGCCGGAGUGGAAUCUGAUGAAUCAGUUCAUCGUCGAGACUUUGUCGAACGCCCAAAUACUAGACGGCAUGACGUCAUCUCACCCUAUCAUUCGACCAAUCAGUGAUCCCGCCAAGAUGGGCGACCUUCUGGACUCCAUAACUUAUGACAAGGGAGCCUGUAUUUUAAGAAUGCUAGAUGACUUCCUUGGUACGGAUACAUUCGUCACAGGAGUGAAGAAAUACCUCAAAGAGCAUGUGUACGGGUCAGCGCAGACAGACGAUCUGUGGAAUGCACUGACUGAGGAAAGCUGUAGACGAGAUAGCUGUGUUGACGUGAAGAACGUAAUGGACACGUGGACUCUCCAGAUGGGGUUCCCUGUGGUUAGCAUCAAGAGGCAGAAUGGGACUCAUUUUUCUGUUACUCAGUCUCGGUUCUUGUUUGAUACAAGAGUGAGUUCCAAGCUUCAGUUAACGUCUAAUAAUUCCUGGAUUAUUCCGUUCACCUUCAUCAAGCAAGACAAUCCGCAAACCAAGCACUCCCUGAUUCUAAAGCAACAAGAGUUCAUCGCGUGGGACGGAGGAGGAUGGCUCAAGGGGAAUUACCAACACAGAGGUUAUUACUUGGUGAACUACGAUAACAGCAAUUGGGACGCAAUUAUCACUCAGCUGAAGACCAACCACACGGUGUUUAGCUCAGCAGACCGGGCUGGAGCGAUCAAGGACGCUUUUUACCUGGCGAGAGUUGGGCUUUUACCAUACGCAAAAGCGCUCUCUCUGACGGAAUACAUGGUGAACGAGACGGCCUACGUCCCGUGGAAAGCGCUUUCUGACAGUGUGCACUACAUCGAGAUAAAGCUACCGAUCACAGGAAACGCUUACAGCAACUUGCAGAAAUACCUUGCUUACAUCAGUAGAAAUAUUUACAGAAAGCUAUCAUUCAUAGAUAAAGGAAGCCAUCUAGAUAAAUUAACUCGCGGAAUGAUUCUAUCGAUGAAUUGUAAAGCAAAAGUUGAGUCCUGUACUCGAAAAGCCAAGAAGAUGUUCCGAGAUUGGAUGGAUGACACUGUCGAGAAAAGAGUGUCUCCCAACUUCCGGUCCUUGGUUUAUUUUUAUGGCAUCCAGCAUGGAGGGCCUGAUGAGUGGGACUUCGCUUUCAAUUACUCACGAAAUAAAGUAAUCACCCCUACAGAGAGAACACCCUUGCUAUACGGACUCUCCGGAGCGAAAGAAAACUGGAUUUUGAGGAGGUACCUUGACUUCUCUCUUGACCCAUCGAAGAUUAAGUCUUCUGAUGUUUCCACCGUCAUCGAGCACGUGUCCAAGCAGCGGCCACUUAUGGCAUUCGACUUCGUGGCAUCACGCUGGCGGCUCCUUAUGGAAAGAUUUGGAAUUGCGUUUUUACACCAAGUGAUGCAGUCUGUGUCUGAAGUGUUUUGCAACGAAUACCAGCUUAAACAGCUCAAGUCCUUUGCUGAGAAGAUCAAUUUCAUUGGAGGCGGUGACUCGAGCCUAUUAAAACAAGUUGUUGAGCGCGCACAAACAAAUAUGGAAUGGGUCAGGCAGCAUAAAAGUGAGGUUGCGAGCUGGUUAGAGACUAUUACGGCGUCAAAUGUUAACUAAACCAACUAUCUACGGGAGUUACAUGUCACAUGUGUAACCUAACUCACACCUCACUACCUAACACAACUACGCUUCGUGCGCAAACAACUAAAAAUGUCACCUUUCCCAAUCGACGCAAACUUUGAGAACCUCUUUGCAUUAUCACUAAGGACCUCUCUUUUCUACAAAUCUCUAUAUAUCUCUCAACCCUUAUUACCCUGGGUACCAAAGUCUCGAGCUUCGUUCGUUUACUACUCGUUGUCGCCGCUUCGCGGCUCGUGUUGUCUGAGUGAAGCUCGAGCCUAAACCCUUAUCGGCAAAAAGAUCUCGUUAUCUCUCUUGAUGUUUUCAAGUCGCCUGAGCUCAAACCCAGAAAGCGGACUCCCGAUAAGCCUACAUAUUCUAGCGGCCACACAAAGAAGGAAAAAGGAUAAGAUCUGUCACACGUAUAUCUGUUAGCCGCGUAUAACAAUCUCAGCUCUAUAGGCCUGAGUUAAACUCCUUUAGGUAAAUAUUACUCAAUAUAUUUUAAAUAUUUGACAGAAAGAAGAAAACUCUGCUCUGGACCAUGUCCAGAAUAAAAAAAAUAUUAUAA